AAGCGAAGUGAGUCUUCCGGAAGCACAAUGAUGGGCAAUGCAUUGCUCGCUGGAGCCCUCGUGUUGAUGGGAAGCGUCGCCGCAACAUCACCUCAUCAAUUUUAUGAACGUGCCGCCUGCAACCGCGACAAUUUAUUCCGAUGCUUCAUCGAUACCCGAUACUCUGUUCAAGCCAGUGAAUUUUGCACCGGUCUUUCCCCUUUCACGGCGACAGUCGCUACCACAACUGCAACCACAACCACAACUGUACAAGCCCUAGUCACUCUUGACGCGGUUAUUAGUACCGCUACUUCUACCACCACUGUUUUUACAGAGACGAUUCCCACAGCCACUACCACCUUGACUCUCAGCGUCGGAACUGUGGCCAAGCGCGAUGCCACCGCGAGCCCGCCAAAGUGCAUGACAAACGGCGUCACCUAUCCUGCCAGCCGCAUCACAUCAGCUUGCUCCUGCAUCGAUGUACCGGCCACUACUAUCAGCGCCACACACACUGUGAGCACUGAGACGGUAACGCAGACCAUCACUUCAUACACAACCCCUUCCGCCACGGUGACAUCCUGGACAACCGUCUCUACAGCUACAACUGGUGGAGUCUUUACAGUCACCGUCGGCCCGCCGUCUGGAGUCAACCGUAUCAUAAACGGCGACUUCGAGACCAAAAAUGCCGACGGCUGGGAGCUGAUUCCUGCGAGCUGGACAGGCCAGGUGAUAACAGGGAGCCUGGAUUCAGAGUACAAAGUCACUGGUUCCGGCAACAGCAUUGGCUGGUUUCGCCAAACCCAACCCAUCUAUCUAGAAUCAGGCCUGUAUCGAUUCGGACUUCGCGCUUCGAUUUUGCCAUAUCCCUACGCCUCAGCGGCUUGGGGCGGCUACGCGGUUUUGGAGCUUGUGAACCCAGCAACAGGCACGAAUGUAACCGUCGCAUUGCCUGGGACAUCGGUCAAGCAGAUUGACAGUGCUACAAAGUCUUUUUUCCACAAAGUUGAGCAGAACUUUGAGGUUCUUGAGAAUGCGGUCGGAUACAACCAAGUCUCUAUUAGGUAUCUGGGCUUCACCCCCCCUCCCGCAACCAUAGAUGAUAUUUUCCUGCACAAGGUAUGAUACGCACACUCGCGUUCGCCCUGAAUAGAUAAGCAGGAGCUUAGUUAGUUCAAGUUUAAGAUGC